AUGAAGAUCUCGUACUUGUCUGUUGGGCUUCUCGCCCUCUUCAGCCCCUUGGCAGCCGCCUGGAGCAAAGAAGAUCGCGAAAUCUUUCGCAUUCGAGAUGAGAUCGCAAAGUAUGAGACCGAUCCUGCUGCCAACUUCUACGACAUCCUCGGCGUCCCUCCCUCUGCUUCGCUCGAUGAUAUUACCAAGGCCUAUCGCAAGCAGACCCGAAAUCUGCACCCGGACAAGGUCAGACAGGGAAUGCGAUCCAAGGCUGCAAAGGACAAGAAGGCUGGCGCAAAGACUAAGCCUCCUACCAAUGCUGAGAUCAAGGCUGCUGUGAAGAAGGCCGGCGAGGCUCAGGCUCGCCUCUCCCUGAUCGCCAACAUCCUCCGUGGCCCCGAGCGCGACCGCUACGACCAUUUCCUCUCCAAUGGCUUCCCUCUCUGGAAGGGCACCGAUUACUACUACAACCGAUACCGCCCCGGCCUGGGCACGGUUAUCGUUGGUCUUUUCCUCGUUGUGGGUGGUGGUUUUCACUACCUCACUCUGUACAUGAGCUGGAAGCGACAGAAGGAGUUUGUCGAGCGCUACAUCAAGUUCGCCCGCGACACCGCCUGGGGUGGUGGUCUUAACAUCCCUGGCGUCGACGCAGCUCCUGCUCCAGCCCCUGCUGCAUCUCCCGCGCCCGCUAGCGACGAGGAAGAGGCUCCCCCUCUGCCCCAGAACCGACGAGAGCGCCGUAUGCAGGAGAAGGCGGCCAAGCGUGAUGGUGCUCGUCCUGCUAAGAAGACGCGCCGUGCUCCUCAGGCUGCCUCUGGAACUGCUACUCCUGUCCCUGCUGCUGGACCUACCGGUGCUCGCAAGCGAGUUGUUGCUGAGAAUGGAAAGAUCCUUGUUGUUGACUCCCUUGGUGAUGUUUACCUCGAGGGAGAGGAUGAGGAUGGUGAGGUUCACGAGUUCCUCCUUGACCCCAACGAGCUUGCCAAGCCCACCAUCAAGGACACCGCAGUCUUCCGUGCACCCAUCUUCCUGUUCAACAUCACUGCUGGCCGCUUCCUUUCCAAGAAGCCCACCGACCUCGAGAUCGAGAUCCCUGCUGAGGAUGAGGACUCUGAUGUUCCCCAGCCCACCCCCAGCACCGACUCCGCCGGCGAGGACUUUGAGCUUCUUGACAAGAGCACUGAUUCUCUCGCCAAGGCCAAGGCAUCUGGCGCUUCGCAGGGCAAGGCUAACAAGCGCAAGGGCAAGAAGAGGUAA